AUGCUUUGCUUUCUUUCACUCUCUUUAGUGCGGCCUUGUUUAACAUCAGGAACGGGCUGCAAUUUUUGAUUCCCGAAUACCUAUCAGCACCGUCCUGUGUGUCUCCGUGAUCAGAGAAAGUCAAGAUGGUGAAGCCACGGUUCAAGGGGCGGAGCACCAUUAAUCCGUCGACAUCUAGCAGUAACCCAGAUCGUGUGAAGGGUGCCGGAGGCCACAACAUGAGAGACCGGGCAACUAUAAAGCGCUUGAACAUGUACCGCCAGAAAGAGCGGCGGAACGACCGUGGGAAAGUGAUUAAGACUUUACAAUAUCAAUCAUCUGUCACAUCUGGCACCGUGGCUCGUGUGGAACCCAAUAUCAAAUGGUUUGGAAAUACUCGUGUGAUUAAGCAAGCCUCAUUACAGAGGUUCCAGGAUGAAAUGGAUAUUGUAAUGAAAGAUCCAUAUAAGGUGGUGAUGAAACAGAGCAAACUUCCAAUGUCUCUUCUGUAUGAUCGGACAAAACCUCAUAAUUCUAAAGUUCACAUUCUAGACACCGAAACAUUUGAGACCACUUUUGGCCCGAAAUCUCAACGGAAACGACCAAAUCUUUCUGCUGGCGAUGUGCAUGAACUGCUCCAGAAUGCUGAGGCGUUAGCAGAGACUUAUGACCAAGAUAAAGAUAGGGAUCUUGUUACAGAAGAUACUGGAGUAAGAGAUGAAGUCCGUGAAGAAAUCUUUAAGAAAGGCCAAUCAAAGAGAAUCUGGGGUGAACUAUAUAAGGUGAUUGAUUCCUCAGAUGUUAUCAUACAAGUUCUGGAUGCUAGAGAUCCCAUGGGAACCCGAUCACCUCACAUAGAGGCAUACCUCAAAAAGGAGAAACCUUGGAAGCAUUUACUGUUUGUCCUGAAUAAGUGUGACCUAGUUCCUACAUGGGCGACGAAACGCUGGGUUGCCUGCUUGUCUGCAGAGUAUCCAACACUGGCCUUUCACUCAAGCCUCACCAAUCCGUUUGGUAAAGGAGCUUUCAUUCAACUUCUUAGGCAGUUUGGCAAGCUGCAUACUGACAAAAAGCAAAUCAGUGUUGGAUUUAUCGGGUAUCCAAAUGUGGGCAAGAGUUCUGUAAUUAACACACUGCGGUCAAAGAAAGUCUGCAAGGUGGCCCCAAUUGCUGGGGAAACGAAGGUUUGGCAAUAUAUCACACUUAUGCGCAGGAUAUUUCUCAUAGAUUGUCCAGGUGUGGUUUAUCCGUCUGGAGACUCGGAAACAGACAUUGUGUUGAAAGGAGUGGUGCAAGUGGAAAAGAUUAAAAGCCCAGAAGAUCACAUUGCUGCUGUCCUUGAAAGAGCAAAGCCAGAGUAUGUCAGCAAGACCUACAAGAUCGAUGCCUGGGAAAAUGCUGAGGAUUUCCUUGAGAAACUUGCUUUUAAAAUGGGAAAAUUGUUGAAGGGUGGAGAGCCAGAUUGCCAGACUGUGUCAAAAAUGGUCCUCAAUGACUGGCAAAGGGGGAGAAUACCAUUCUUUGUGAAACCACCAAAUGCAGAGCCACCCCCAGAGACUUCACAGACCUCUUUACCAGAAAGUACUGCAGACUGUGUGGGCAAGGAGAAAGCAGACAUUGACAACACAAUCUCAGAAGCCCAAGAAGCCAGCAAUUCUGAAAAGAAAGAGAUCAAAGAAAUUCUAUCACAUGUUCGGCAAAAUUUUGGGAAGCUCAAUGUGGCGCCAGAGUUUUUACAAGAGGACUUGGUGCCGAUAGAUGUAGCUGGAAUGUCAGACAUUUCUGAUCUUGAUUCAUUGGAGGAGGAAGAACUGUCAGCAGAAGAGGAUCAGCAUGCAGAAAUGUCAGAUGGGGAAAAUGGCACAAGCUCGAAAGCAGAGCCACAAAGUCCAGAGAAACAAAGUUCCAAAAAAAAACUGAAAGAACUGGAUGAUAGAAUAGCAAAGUGCAAGAAGUUUCUGGAUAAAGCCAAAGCCAAACGAUUCUCUGCCUUGAGAAUUCCUAAAGAGCUAAGUGAACACAUCUUUGCAAAAGCAAAAAAGACAGAUGACCAAGAAGAUCAGCAAAAUGAAGGGAGGAAUAAACCAGGAAAGAAAAGGAAACGACUUGAUGAUGAUGAGAAUGACAAUGAAAGUAAAAUGCCACAGAAGAAGCUAACAUCGAAAGAGAGGAGAAGGAUAGAGAGGCAGCAGCAUUCAAAGAAAGUAGGAGUACGGUAUUACGACACUCACAAUGUCAAAAACAAGAAUCGCAACAAAAAGAAAGUGGACCCGAAAAUCGGUCAAACGAAAUCAAAACAGAAACAUUGAUCAUUGUAUCUGUUAUGUAAUUAAAGGGUUUCAAGUUUUCAA